CAUUGUUUGUAUAUCAUAUACACUUUCAUAUCUAUAUCUAUACUAACUAAUAAAUCAAUCCCCCAGUUAAUUAUUAACUAAUACCAUCAACCUCCGUCAUUUCCGCCCACCGCCGCAGUAUACCGCCACUAUAUCCCUCCGGUAUAUAUAUAUUGUAGCAAGUAUCUAAAUAUUACUACUACUCUUUCAUUUUGAUCUGCACCGAUCGAUUGAGGUCACAUUCCAUCAUCAUCAUCAUCAUCAUCCACUAGCACAACUCAUCGGAAAUGGAUUUCUUGCAAGGAAACGAGAUUCCGAUUGCCAUUGCUGUUAUUGCAGUUGCCAUUGCUGCAUUCGGCUUUUUCUCCUCCUACAACAAACCUAAAGGGAGCAUAAAUCCUGAAAGUUUUAGAGAAUUCAAGCUUCUCAAGCGCACCCAACUUAGCCAUAACGUGGCCAAGUUCAAGUUCGCUCUGCCUACGCCUAAUGCUGUGUUGGGCCUUCCUAUUGGACAGCAUAUUAGUUGCCGGGGUAAGGAUAGCCAAGGUGAAGAGGUUAUUAAACCAUACACCCCAACCACUCUGGACACUGAUGUUGGAUACUUUGAGUUGGUUAUCAAGAUGUAUCCACAAGGUCGUAUGUCCCAUCACUUCCGCGAAAUGAAGGAAGGUGACUAUAUGGCUGUGAAGGGACCCAAGGGGCGGUUCAAGUAUCAAGCUGGAGAUGUGAGAGCAUUCGGAAUGAUUGCAGGGGGCUCCGGUAUCACUCCAAUGUUUCAGGUAGCCAGAGCUAUUCUAGAAAACGAAUCAGACAACACCAAGUUGAAUCUCAUCUAUGCUAAUGUCACAUCUGAGGACAUUCUUCUCAAGGAGGAAUUGGAGAGACUUACUUCUAAAUACUCCAGCCGGUUCCAAGUAUACUACGUAUUGAAUCAGCCACCUGAGGGAUGGACUGGUGGUGUUGGCUUCGUAACGAAGGAAAUGAUCCAAGCACAUCUCCCUGUACCUGCGUCUGAUAUAAAGAUACUACGGUGUGGUCCUCCGCCAAUGAACAAGGCUAUGGCUGGUCAUCUUGAAGCUUUGGGAUAUGAAGCAGAUAUGUUAUUCCAAUUCUAAAUCUAAAAAGGGUCUUUAAAUUUUGUUGUAAUGGGUCUGGUAGAAUUUGCAUUCAUGUAGUCGGAAUAAAAAUUCUAUUUCCUUGCGUGGGCUGAUGGUAGGAGUAGAGGUCUAGAUUGACUUGGUUUCAGUCAUAUGGUUCGUAAAUCAAGCAUACAAACUGACAUGUGCUUUGUAAAACACCUCAUUUUUCA